AAUGAUGAGAAUAAUGGAGCUUUUAUAUUCAACAUAACUCUUUCUGUAGAUCCUAAAGUGCUGAGCGAGCGUCUGCGUGGGCACCGAGAUGCGAUUUGGUCCAUUGCCUAUCACUCUUCGGAUAACAGACUUGUUUCCGCUUCUUCCGAUGGCACAGUGAGGCUUUGGGAACCAGGUAACUUUGGAGAACCCCUUUUACGAUCUUUGGAUGCUCCUACUGCUGGACUCAUACCAACAUCGGUUGAUUUUGUGUCUACCGAGCCAAGCCAACUUCUUACCGCUUAUACAUCAUCGACGGCCACUAUUACCGAUAUUGAAACGGGUGCAACCAUCUUGACGUUUGAUUUUGGAGAAGAUGUAUCUCCUGGAAGUCGUAUAACUCGAAUUCUUUCUCACCCAACAAUGCCUUUGACAAUUACGGCCGGUGAUGAUCGCAAGAUUCGCUAUUUCGAUAACCACACGGGAAAACUAACGCACAGUGCUGUUGCUCAUGUCGAAGGGAUUUCUUCUCUGGCUAUCGACCCUAAUGGACUGUAUUUGUUAUCAGGAAGCCAUGAUGGCAGCCUUCGGAUGUGGAACAUGGAAAAGCGUGUAUGCCUGCAGGAGAUAUCAGCGCAUCGUAAAAAGUACGAUGCUUCCGUGACCUGCGUCGCAUUCCAUCCUUCUCGACCGCUAAUUGGCUCGGCUGGCGCCGAU